GCCACUCACUCCCUUUCUCUCGUCCCAAUGGCAAAGGUACCACGCAACUUCCGCUUGCUCGAAGAGCUUGAGAAGGGCGAGAAGGGUAUCGGCGACGGCUCGUGCUCGUACGGACUGGAGGAUGGAGACGACAUCAUGAUGAGCCAUUGGAAUGGCACGAUCAUCGGCCCCGGGCAUACGGUACAUGAGAACCGGAUCUAUAGUCUGAAGAUAAUAUGCGGGGACGAAUACCCAGAUCGACCUCCUACAGUGCAGUUCGUAUCCCGUGUCAACCUGCCCUUCGUGAGCCAGGUGGACGGGAAGGUGGAUCCGUCGAAGUUGAAUGUGCUGGCGCAUUGGAACAGAAACUGCAGUCUCGAGACAGUCUUGGUGGAGAUCCGCAAAGAGAUGGCGUCGUUUAACAACAGGAAGCUUCCUCAGCCUCCCGAAGGUAGUACAUUCUAGGAUUAACACUGCUCGUUGCAAUCAAGUUUGAUGUGUUCGGGGACUCCCCGUACCUGCUUCGAAGAUACUUUGUUGCUAUUACAUUCAAUAUCCAUCGUGUCAUGUUGUACAAAUCAUCAAAGGGAAUCUGAAUACGGUCGAUAUGCCUCGCUGAACAAGACCA